AUGGUCUCACGGGAUGGUGUCGCAACACGGAUAACAACAAGGUGGGUUGAGGGCGAGGCGCAGGGUGAUGAGGACGCGCUAAAGAAGCUGCUCAAAGAUAUCGACGAGGGUCCGAGGUCGGCCAAGGUCGUCAAACUUGACCAGGAGGAGCGGGAUCUCAUCGAGGACGAGAAGGACUUUUUGGUUAGACGAUGA